UUAAUAAUGAUUCUAUAAUUACAUAACAAAAAGGGUGUAAAAACCUGUCCCUCUGUGGAGUCAGGUUUGGGUUUGCACCCCUGACUCCUAACAAAACCACAGGGAAGCUCCAAGCGCUCCGAGGGUCCUGAGCUGUCUUUUCCCAAAACCUCGUGCCCCCCUCUGCACGGUCACAUCAACGAUUGAGAGAGAUACCAACUCCAAAUCCGAAUUUACUGUGAGCUGCACACACUUCCAGGAAGGAUAGGAAUGUUUCACUGCGCUCAUUGGCUUGAGCAUCACACGAACUUUACAUUUCUACUCAGUUAAAUCUUCUCUCCUGUCAGCUAGCUCUUGAUCCAACCUUCAGAGCUCUGUUUGCUCUUGCCAAAUUGCCUGUGCCGAGUGAAUCCACAGUGCUAUCAGAGUUACCACAUGGUCACCUGCCACCAGAAAAUGGUAUUUUGUCGGGAAAAUCCCCCAAAAACUGGGAUGCUCAUCCUCAUUCCACUGCUCACCCAGCUCCUGUUGGCUCCACACUCACCUGCUCCAGCUCAUUCAUGCCUUAGUGGAUUUAUCGUUGCCCUGUGUGGUUUGAAGCAGCGGGCUCAGAGCGAGACGCCCUCCUCAGGAACCCGUAAAUAAUAAUGAGGGGCUUGGUUUCCAACAACAUCCCUGACCUGGAGGCGCUGGGGCUGUGCCGGCUUUUCCAGUGAGGAGGGCGCGGAGGCGGGGAGGGCGCGAUGGCCGAGAAGUGCGACUGCCUGGCCAGCAUGUACGGCUACGACCUGGGCUGCCGCUUCGUGAACUUCCGCCCGCUGGGCUUCGGGGCCAACGGGCUGGUGCUGUCGGCGCUGGACAGCCGCAGCUGCCGCAAGGUGGCCGUGAAGAAGCUGACGCUGGGCGACGCGCGCAGCAUGAAGCACGCCUUCCGCGAGAUCAAGAUCAUCCGCCGCCUGGACCACGAGAACAUCGUCAAGGUCUACGAGGUGCUGGGCCCCAAGGGCGCCAACCUGCGCGGGGACUUGUUCAAGUUCAACAUGGUGUACAUCGUGCAGGAGUACAUGGAGACGGACCUGGCGCGGCUGCUGGAGCAGGGCAAGCUGGCCGAGGAGCACGCCAAGCUCUUCAUGUACCAGCUGCUGCGCGGGCUCAAGUACAUCCACUCGGCCAACGUCCUGCACCGCGACCUCAAGCCCGCCAACAUCUUCAUCAGCACCGAGGAUCUGGUGCUGAAGAUCGGCGACUUCGGCCUGGCCAGGAUUGUGGACCAGCACUACUCGCACAAGGGUUACCUCUCCGAAGGCUUGGUGACCAAGUGGUACCGCUCCCCCCGCCUGCUGCUGUCGCCCAACAACUACACCAAAGCCAUCGACAUGUGGGCAGCUGGCUGCAUCCUGGCCGAGAUGCUCACCGGGAGGAUGCUCUUCGCUGGGGGCCACGAGCUGGAGCAGAUGCAGCUGAUUCUGGAGACCAUCCCUGUCAUCCACCAGGAGGACAAGGAGGAGCUGCUGAAGGUGAUGCCCAUGUUCAUCAACAGCACGUGGGAAGUGCGGAAGCCGCUGCGCAAGCUGCUGCCCGAGGUGGACAGCGAAGCUAUUGAUUUUCUGGAGAAGAUCCUGACGUUUAACCCCAUGGAUCGGCUGACGGCCGAGAUGGGCCUGCAGCACCCCUACAUGAGCCCCUACUCGUGCCCCGAGGACGAGCCCGUGUCCCAGCACCCGUUCCGCAUCGAGGACGAGAUCGACGACAUCCUGCUGAUGGAGGCCAACCAGAGCCAGAUGUCCAACUGGGACAGGUACCACAUCAGCCUCUCCUCCGACCUGGACUGGAGGCACGACAAGCACCACGACAUGGACGAGGUGCAGCGCGACCCGCGGGCGGGCUCCGAGGGCGCGGCCGAGGAGGCGCAGGUGGACCCGCGGAAAUACUCGCAGAGCAGCUCGGAGCGGUUCCUGGAGCUCUCCCACUCCUCCAUGGACCGCGUCUUCGACGCCGACUGCGGGAAGUCGUGCGACUACAAAGUGGGGUCCCCCUCCUACCUGGACAAGCUACUGUGGAGGGACAGUAAGCCCCACCACUACUCGGAGCCCAAGCUGAUCUUGGAUUUAUCCCACUGGAAAAGGGCGACCAUAGCGCCCGCCGCCGAGCUGUCGCUGGAAGAGGAGCCGUCCAACCUCUUCCUGGAGAUCGCCCAGUGGGUGAAGAGCACGCAGGUGGGGCUGGAGUGCCCCAGCUCCCUGCCCAAGGUGCAGGAGAGGAGCCUGCCCUCCUCUCCCCACCGCCUGCACAAGGAGCCCGCCCAGGUGAGCGGCGACACCGACCCCGACUUCGACCUGGACGUCUUCAUCUCCAGGGCGCUGAAGCUUUGCACAAAACCCGAGGAUCUUCCGGACAACAAGCUCAACGAGAUCAACGGGGCCUGCAUCUCGGAGCACCCCGGGGACAUGGUGCAGGCGGAGGUGUUCCAGAAGGAGCGGUGGUGAGAGCUCAGCGCCGCCAAGCCCCGCUGCUCCUCCUCAUCCUCCUCUCCCUGCCGGGGCUCCCGCUGUCGCUGAGCAUCCCUUUCUCGCACUGUACAAACGCCUUUUUGGGGAAAGGCAAGCACAAACCACACGCCCCUGGUGAUGCCUUAGAGGUCUAAGGGGGUCGGGAGGUGCGAGUGAAAUUCUGAGUUUCUUACACUGCCUUAACAAUCUUGCCUUGAGAUCUCUGGGACCUGUUUGAAACUUCAGUGUACGAGGGGAAAAAUGACCGUACAUGGUAGGUUUGCAAACAGUAGUCAGAUCAGCUUCUUUUCCUUCCUUUUUCUACAGCAACUUGAAAUUACAAGGACAGAAUUAACAAUUUCAGUAUGGUCAGAUACCCUCCUGGCUGGACAGGUUCCCAAAACUUUGAGCCCUUCUGAGGCACCUGUGUGAGUGCAGGUAUGGAAUAAAGUGAUGCCAGCCGUCAGCCAGCAGAGAAUGGAACUAGAAUUUGGCCAUCAGACAAAACAAUAACUCUCUGAGGAUAUUAAUGGGGAAGAAAUUCGACCUACAAAGUAUGCGCCAUUGGGGAUUCGUUUGUUUUGUUGUUUUGUUGGUUUUUUUUUUUUUCCGAGGAGAAGGCAAAAUUUUUGCUAAGUGCAUUUUGCUGGUUUGUGGCUUCUCACACCAAAACCUUCCCUUGGGUUGCACGGGGUGCAGCAGGGGAUGCACGGGGAUCUGAGCUCUCCCAGCGCUGAGGAGGGCCCAUGUGGUGCAUUUCAGUGUGACACCCUGGUGCUGGCAGCCUCGGACAGCUGCCCAUCAGACCAGCAAAUCCAGCUCUGGGUGAGGAGCUGAGUGGGGACCGGCCAUCCCAUGGCAUGAUGCUCCAGCCACACAGAGCCAGCAGCAGCCCUGGAAAAGGAAACAAAGCACUGCUGGUUUUCCUUCUGACAGAGAUCUGGUGAAGGAAACACAGUUCCUGUGGCUUGGACUCUGAACUGGCCACUUUGCUCCCGACUGUGUGUAAAUAGGUGAAGGCACAGCUGAUCUACUGUAGCUUCUGUUCUCAUCCACACUUCUGAGCACCUUAAUAAUUAAUCAGCUAACAAGAGUGAGUUUGUACAUGGAAGAAAUGUUCUAUACUUGUAUUUAAUCCAACUGGGCAGCUUUUCAGAGGGGAGGUGUGUAAAUAGUGCCAUACAGGACGGUCUCUGCUCUCUGCUGCUGUGCUGCCCGGCACAGUGGCACCACUGACCUUUCUAAGAGAGAAACUGCUGCGUUCAGUACUGCAAGGCCCGUAUUUAACUACUGCUGUAUUAAUUAUUUCUACCCUUUUAAUCUGCUCAGUGCUCUGAGAUGUGAAGAAAACUCACGUGAGGCUCACACAACUAACAGCAGCGUUAGCCCUGGUCUCUGUUCUUGCUGGGACCAGGCGCAGGUUUAGCUGUAGUGGGCCCUGACAGCCCAAAAAAUGGUUUUUUUACUGUGAAGAUCUCUCACCAGGGUGGUGGAAAUGCUGCUGCUCUGGGCGAUCCGCAGCGUGGGUGGGAUGGGGUGCGAGUCCAGGUACAGGAGGGCUCAGAAAAGCAAAGCCAUGUGUCUCCAGUCUUUGCUUUGAGCAUUUGGACAUCCCCCAGAGUGGUUUGGAGAGGGGAAAUGGGGCAGAAACAGAGGUUUGGGGUCUGGUGUGUUGCAGGUGAUUGAUAUACCUCAGCUAAAGCUCAGCACUUUCACUGGUGGGGCCGGGUCCGAGCAGCCCUGGCAGCCCAUGGCCCUCGCUGGGCAGCAGCAGAGGCUGGGUUUGGGAUUGCCAGGCUCGAGGGAGGGCAAGCCAAGGGAGGAUAAGGUGGUGGGAUCCUCAGCUGUGCCCCACGGGCUCCCAACAGCAGCGCCCGCGGCGGCAGAGGCAGCGGCGCUGGGGCCAGCUCCGCUCGGAGCUCAGAGCCGCGGGGUGGGAGCAGCUCUGGUCAGAGCUCAGAGCCAGGGGAUGGGAGCAGCAGGCAGAGAACCAGCUGGAAACUCUCCUGGCAGAGGGAACAGCCUUGUGCUGCUGUGGGCUGCACGCCAGAACUCACCUGGCCACGCCACGCCAGCGCUCGCUGUCGGUGGCCACAUCCCUGAAACCAGAAGCCAUUUCCCACGGGCUGGUUCUUCUUCUCCAGAGGCCUGCAGGACUGUUAGAUAUGGCCAUGGGAACAAAAACAGUAGUGCUUUUGAGUGUUGUCUUGCAGGCCCACCACUGAAGUGUAAAACUGACUCUGCUGCCGGAUUUUCCAUCUCGCUUCGUGAGCUCUUAUUUAAUGUCGUUCUAAAACCUCAGCGUCACACGCUGGGAAAAGGGGAUAAGAGGGAUGGCUUUAAUUUGUUACCUGAGUGUGCUUAGCUGAUCACAAGCCAGAUCUGUCUCUCAUUUGCAGAAAUAAAACAUAAGGCCUGAGCCUUC